CCACCACCACCCCACACUAGACGAAGCAAGCCCAUGUCUGCAUCCCCCGCUGAGUCCAAAGGCGAGAUCGUGCUUACGGCUACGAUUACCGGCAAGCCAGGCGCGGGCGACGAGAUCGAGGUGCGAUAGGACCCCGGAUAGUACGGUCAAAUGUUAGCCACCACGUUGGACAAUUCUGAGGGAGAUUAGGCAAAACACUUAGCCCAAAGUAGUAGGGAGUUGGACAAAAAUUGGGCGCCCUGGUCGACUUACUUAGCCUGUGGUUGGACAAAAUAUUCCGUGAUAGUCCAGUGGUAGUCAGCGCUUUUCUUGGAACGUGGCUUCAAAUCAUGAUCAGUAGGUCUCUGAGAGGUCUUGUGUUCGAGUCUAGCACUUGCUUUUUCACUUUGUUUUGGAACUGGCUUCCCAAAAGCGC